AUGGUGCCUGUGACUUUUCUUGAACCAGCUGUACAAUCGUAUAUAGUGUAUUCGGGUAUUUUAGGCAUAAAAGUUCUAUGCAUGUCAGCUCUGACUGGCAGCAAGCGGUUCCAAAAGAAAGUGUUUGCUAAUGAAGAAGAUGCUAAAUCUUUAAAAGGAGUAGUCAAACUUGACGAUCCCGAUGUAGAGAGGAUAAGACGAGCACAUUUAAAUGAUCUCGAGAAUAUUCCAGUGUUUUGGUUGCUUGGCGGAUUAUAUUUAACCACUGGUCCAUCAGACGAGGUAGCUGUAAACCUGUUCAGAGUAUUCACUGUCUGCCGUGUAUUACAUACGAUUGUGUAUGUGGUGAAGCCAUUACCGCAGCCAGCGCGCGGUAUUGCAUUCGGAAUCCCAAAUUUGAUCAACUGGUACAUGGGAGUUAAAAUUGUGCAACAUUUCAUUAGUGCUUUG